AUGAAACAGUCCGUUCAGCUCGACAUUCCUCUCUUCGCCGAGGGCACCAAAGAUGCUUCGUUCCGCCUCCGCAACCAACCCGGCGAGCUGCAGCGCGCUCAUAUCAUGCAGGAGGGCUCCGACCUCACCGUCCAGGCGAACAUAACCAGUGUGCUUCAUGGAACACUGACCCCAGACGGCGACUACGCUACCUUGCUGGUAAUCGAAUAUCGCUUCCAGGGCUCUUUGACCAGGAGCACACGGUUCAAGUCAGCCAUGAUCAAGGUCAAGUUCACUACAACUGAAGACGACCUCAGAGGACGACCAAUAGUUCGAAGCGUGGCACCAGACGGAACGUUCUUCCUCAACUCAGAGACGGCAGAUAUCACAGACACCCUUUCGGCAAACGGUUCCGCCAAAGUCGGCGCAGGACCGGUCAUCCUGGGAGUCGACGCCGGGUGGGAGAGAAGCACGUCCGUCAAACGCGAAUCACAUACCACGCUGGUGGGUACUACCUGGAUCGACGGCCGUGACGCAGGCAAGCCCAACAUGGGCCGGUGGAAAUUGACCGAGAACAAAUCGAAGAAGGACGGUAUCCCCAGCAUGUUGCGCACUGCCAUCUUGGUUACGCAGAAGGUUCCGCUGGCGUUUCAGGCUAUUGUUAGUAUUCAGACAGAAGCUAAUCUGGCCUACGCGCUCAAAAAGGAGGCGAGAAGCUUUAUUGGAGGGAAGAAGGUCGACAUUGUCGAUCCAGUCAAUUUUGCCGCCGGGGAAGCCCGUCAGUCUGUAGGGGUUGGGCUUCCGGGCGUGGCUGUUCAGGGGGAGACGUCACUAGGCGCCAAACAAGGCGUCGUGUCGUCGGUAGAGGACGGUUCCACUGCUUUGUCUGUACCGUCAUAUCAUGCUUGGCUUAUUUUUGUUUUGUUUAUCCUUUUCUACUAG